CCUCUGCGGCCCUUUCCUCCGGUUUUGCUCGAAACCAUGCCUACCUUCCCCUUCGCCACAUCGGGGCCAAAACCCUAGCGAUACAGGCGCGACUAGAGUUAGCUGAGAAGGAAACGGCAGGAUCGCAGCGUACAAAGACCUUCGAAACUCUCAUCUUUCUCCUCCUUCCGCUCAUCUCCUACCCGAAACCAUUGAAGAAGAUUAUCUGUUCCGGUUUUGAAAAUUCCUAGCAUUGGGUAUGAGUAGUUACACUUUCUCAUUCUCUUUGCUAUGGCUGGACUUAUCAACCUCCCCUCCAAAAUGUUGAUCUUCUCAAUUGAUGUCAAGCAACUUUUGAGUUUCAAGGAUAGCUAACCCUGAUUGGGAUCCUCUUUCCUUGGAAAGAUGGGGCAAAGAUCAUGCCCUGAAGAAGCUUCUAAGGUUCUCUUGGAACAGUUUGAACUUAUAUUGGAUCAUCAUAAGCUCAUUGAUGAAGUUGGCUUCAUACACCCAUCCCAAUUUGCAGAGUUAAAUGAAGAUUCAAGUAUUUCAUGGUCUCCACUUUCCAACUUCUGCGAAAUAUUCAAUGAAUCCUGUGGGAGAGACGCAACUGGUUUGACGUUUCUACAAAAUGAGAAGACUAUUUUCUGGUAUGGCAAUCAUAAGUUGGCUAUCUCAAUGCAGAUUGUUCCCCUAUUGUAUUAUGCUGCUCGACUUGCACAUAUGGAUGCCAGAAGAAACUAUAAAAGGUUAAUCAACAUAUCAGAGGGCAAAAUCUCCUUGAACACUGCAACUUCUGAAGCUCAAUUCCUAGAAAAAGAUAUCCUGAAGCACUCUAGGGCUCUUUUGAUAUUGAGUCCUGAUUUCGGCAGUGUUUGGAAUUCUAGGAAGCUGGUGCUCUCAAGGGAGCCUGAUUUGUCGGUGCUUCUUGACGAGUUAAAUUUAUCAUUGCUCGUUCUUUCUUAUUCACCAAAAAGUGAGCAAGCGUGGAGCCAUAGGCGUUGGGUGAUCAAGAAGAUAGCUGAGAAGUUUCAUGACCUAUAUGACAUCAUAGGUAAAGAAUCAGAGUUUGUGAAGAGAAUAGCUGAGAAAUCAAAGAUGAAUUAUCGUGCAUGGAAUCACCGUUGCUGGCUUAUACUUUACAUGAACAAAUGGCAGAUGUUUAAUGAGCUGGAUAAAUCAAGAACAUGGGCUGAGCUGCAUGUUGCUGACAAUUGUUGCUACCACUAUCGAAGGAGGUUGAUACUUAAUUUGCUGGGAGACAAUUCACUGAAAUAUGACGAGGAAAACCCCUCAUUUUACAAAUGUCAUCCGGUCGAUUUGCUACAGGAGGAGCUCAAGUGGAAUGAGCAUCUUAUCAAACAAUAUGUGGGCAGAGAGGCUUUGUGGAUUCAUCGCCGGUAUCUGUCCUAUUACUGGCUAACUCGCAUCACAAAUGACUUCCCUUGCAAAGAUGAGCAGGAAAUGAUUCCCUCCUUGAAUUCCUUCCUCAAGGAAGAAAUGGAACUUCUGCAAUCCUGCCUUAACUUUCCAGCUGAUGAAUUUGAUGAUGCUCAAGCUCAAGCUCGGCAUGCAGCAACUUAUAUUUUGUGGAUAUCAAAGAAAAUCAUUCUAUCGCCGGAGUAUAGAUUUCAAGAGAAGCUCGUUGAGGCAGGAGACUUGAAGACCAUUUUGAUGAACACAAGCCCUGAGAAGUCCUUAAUUUGGGAGAGGCUAUUGGACCAAUUGCCUGCUGAAGUUGAAAAUAUAUGUAUAUGCUGAAGCGUGACUUUGUAAACUUCCACUGUUUUGGUCUACCAGAUACAGAUGGCUGAGUCUCAAAGACAUCUGUUAUUUAGUUCUCUUCUUUUCAAUGUUAGAACUUAAUAGAACCUUCCACUUUGGAAGGUAAAUUAGCAAGUUUGAGUUUUGUUAGUUUGUAAAGCUAUAAGAAAUCAUAUGUGUAUAUUUGUAUAAAGGGUUAUUUUACAUACCAUCCAAAACAAUGAUAUUUAUCACAUGACAAUCUUGGUCAU